CUGAAACUCUUUAAGGCUUUUCUUUUCCCCUGUUCAGACCACUUGAGUAUUUAGUGGGGUUUUCAUGCACACACUCAGACUGGACAGGUUGGUGUAUGCAGUGGCUCUCCUGCACUCAUGGCUCGGCCCUCCCUCGCAGAAGUGGGCCUUCUGCUCCUGCUCAUGCUGGCCUUGUUGUUCAGCGCUGAAGCGAGACGGAGGAAGUAUCUAAGAAGGCAGAAGAGAGAGUGGAUCAUGCCUCCGGCCAAGCUGAAGGAGAACACUGACUACAUGAACAGGGAGUUCAUUGCCAAGAUUCGUUCUGAUAAAAGCCUAACCAACCCGGUGGAGUAUUACCUCUCUGGAAAAGGAGCUGACAGGCCACCCUUCAACCUCUUUGUGGUGGACCAAAAAACUGGCUUUGUACAAAUCACUGGGAUUCUGGACCGGGAGAAAUGCUCAUCCUACCAUCUAACUGGAGUCGCUAAAUUCAGAAAUGGGACCACAGCAGAAGCAGACAUCCCUCUGACUGUCAUAGUCGUGGACGAGAAUGACAACCCGCCUACAUUUGAGCUGCAUGCUGGCAACGUCUCGGAGGCAAGCAGCAAAGGAACCUUCAUUAUGCAGAUCUCAGCCAAAGAUAAGGACCAAGCUGACACCAUCAAUUCAAAUAUCUCCUACAGCAUCGUCAGUCAGGAGCCAGCUGGCACGGGACACAUGUUCUAUAUCGACAAAUAUUCAGGAAAACUGUACGUCAAAGAGCCCACACUGGACAGAGAGGAUGUAGACUUCUACAAACUAGUUAUUAAAGGGACUGAUUUGGCAGGGGCCAAAAACGGACUAACAGGGACAGGAAAUGUGGAGGUCAAGGUCAUGGACAUCAAUGACAACAUCCCCACUCUGGAGAAAUCUGAGUAUGCUGGCUCAGUGGAUGAAAAUGUUGCCGAUGUAAUUGUGAUGAAGAUCAAAGCUCUGGACAACGACCUUCAUCACACGGACAACUGGCUCACUGUCUUUAAAAUUGCCAAAGGAAAUGAGGAUAAUAUCUUCUCCAUUGAGACGGACAAAGAAACCAAUGAGGGCAUCCUGAAGCUUAUCAAGCCGUUGGAUUUCGAAGAAGUCCAGAAUCUUGAGCUUGGCCUGGAAAUUCUGAACGUUGCUCCUUUUGUGGAAGGCGAAGCUGUACUGAUGGAUGUGGAAGUUCAGGUCGGAGAGGGUGGCGGGGCUGGUGCUGGUGCUGGUGCUGGUGCUGGUGCUGGAGCUGGUGCUGGAGCUGGAGCUGGAGCUGGAGCUGGAGUUGGUGUAGGAGUUGGUGUCGAUGCAGGGGCUGAUGUGGGAGCAGAUUUGGGGCUGGAUGUAGACGUAGAUGCAGGGGCAGAUGUAGGGGUAGAUGUAGGGGUGGAUGCAGGACUUAAGCCUGGAGUGGGUGUUGGACUUAAACCAGGUGUAAAACCAGGACCAGGGAAAAAGCCAAAGCCAGACGCACCUGCAAAAAGCUAUCCCAUUAAGAUAGCAGUGAACAAUGUGCCAGAGGGUCCGGCUUUUAUACCUGACACCAAGAAAGUUCCUGUAUCAGAAGAUCCAAAGGAUGCUCCUAAGGAUGGUGUCCUCACAGUGUUCGCGGCUGUCGAUCCCGACACGGGAAAAACUGCAGAGGACGUCAGUUAUGCCAAAGCCUAUGAUCCAGAUAACUGGUUUACCAUUGAUGAAGAAACCGCUGAGAUUAAACUCAACAAGGCACCAGACCGAGAGUCACCCUUCUUGGUUAAUGGUACCUACAUUGCCAAGAUUCUGGCCAUAACAAAAGACAUGCCAGCGAAGACAGCCACAGGAACAAUAGCCAUUGAAGUCACUGACUCCAACGACCACUGUCCCACCCUGACCACCACCUACAACCAUCUGUGCACUGAUGUAAAAACUGUUUAUGUAACUGGCUUUGAUGAAGAUGUCAGCCCCAAUGGUGCUCCAUUCACAUUCAGAAUCAUACCUGAGGGGACGAAUGGCAAGUGGGAAGUAGAAGUCAUCAAUGACACAACUGCUGCUCUUCACACAAGUGAGGCACUUUGGCCUGGACAAUAUGCGCUGCAGGUGGAGGUGUUGGACGCUCAGGGCCUGUCCUGCCCAGAACACAAGGUUUUUACAGUGGAUGUUUGUAUCUGUGGGGAGACAAAGCACUGCGCUCCAAAGUCAGCUCGACAAGCAAGUACUAGAUCUGAGCUCUCUGCCCCAGCCAUUGGACUGCUGCUAAUGGCCCUGUGCUUACUGCUGUUGAUACCUCUUCUUCUGCUGUUCUGUCAGUGUGGAGGAGCGGACACUAUUUUCCCUGACCAAUUUAGUGAUCUGCCAUUUGACGCCAAAGAACAUCUCAUAUCCUACCACACCGAAGGCAAAGGCGAGGAUAAGGAAGUGCCACUUCAAAGUGUCCCUGUUUUGAUGACCAGCAUGGUUUCAGCAGCAGCACUGUCAAACUUCAACGCUGCUCCAAAAACCCCUUCAAAAGUCAUAGAGAAUUAUCAGACAAAUGCAAAGCACAGAGAAGCUUUGCAGAAUUUUCAGGAAACAACCCAAAGUUUGAUGCAGGUCGACAAUUCUUACAAGUUUUCAAGACAAUCAUUCAACCAAGGCUACGGCAGCAGCAUGCAACCACUUCGUGUCCAACAGCAAACGUCUCUGUAUGAGGAUAUAGCUCUACCAAAUGCUUUUCUGAAUGACUACUUCUCACAGAAAGCCAACUGUGCUGUACAAGUGAUGGACAGUCUGCUGGAGUACGAUUACGAGGGCUGUGGCUCCACUGCUGGCUCUGUGGGUUGCUGCAGCCUCCUGGAGUCUGACAACAACCUGCAGUUCCUUAAUGACCUUGACCCAAAGUUCAGGACUCUGGCUGAGAUCUGUUCCCCUCCUACACCAACACCCAAACUGACAAGAAAAGUAGCAAGAGCUGUCAAGACCAUAGUUAAAUACGAUGAACCAGUUGUUAAGUCCAAAAUGGAGACAAAGCAGACAGACAUAAAAACAGAGGAAGUCAUGUCAUCUACCAACAUCUCUAAAUCAACUGCAAGUAAUAUAAGCACUGCCCUUCCUCAGUCUAAGGUUACUAACAUCAGCCAUUCCUCUAACAUCAUACACUCUGCUACUCUGCCCCGUCCAGCUCAGACAGUAAUACUACAGCAGCAGCCACUUUACUACACUACACGCCCUGUAAUGCAGCCCAUGCACUAUGUAGUUCAACCACAGCUACAGAACACUGUUCUGUUGGCAGAUGGGACUCAUGGAGCCAAUUUUCCAGGCCUGUAUGUAGUUGGGGGUCCCCAGAGCCCAUCUUCUGGACUUGUAAUCCAAGGCAUUGAGAGCCCCAAAACACCUACCAGCCCAGGCAGCCCAGUAAGCCCCCUGUUGCUACCUGUUGGCCCAGGUGUGUCUCAGGGCUCGGUCCCCAGGGAUGGCUGGAAAAUAAUUGGGCCAAAGCCUGAUGGUAAUUAUAUACUAGUUCAGGAAAAGAGUAGUCCAGUGGAGUCAGGUAGGGUGGACCCAGGCUCACCUCAGGGUAAUUUGCCCAGAGGUGCUAUCCUGGUAAAAGAGGCUGCUCCCCCUCAGGGGGUGUUAGGCCCAGCAGCCCAAGGGAGUGUGUUUGGCAUUCUGCCAGGACACACUGUUGCUACAAAGGGGGGUGUUGUUUCAACAAAUAUAAAUUUGGGGCAAACAUGGGUUGGGCAGCCAGGACACAUGGGGUUAGGGCCUGUAACUGUUUUGGGAGUUGGAGUUGGGCAGCCAGGAAUGGUAAUGGGACACGGGGUGGCAGUGAAGCCAGACAUUAGACAGGACAGAAUGGGGCCAGCUGGGAUCAAUCCAGUUGGGAUAAAGCAGGAGAGUAUGAAUCAGUUUAAAGGAAUUCCUCCAUUGGGACAAAGUGUGUCUUCAUCUCAGAAAAGCAACUCGAUUAAUGUUAUAAAUACCGUCAGCAUUACAGCUGAAACCCCUAAAACUCAUUUGCCUUCAAUGGAAGAGGUUGUGAUGAAAAAACUGCCUGACAUUAACCUAGCUCAGAGCAUGCAUGUUGAUAAAGAUGAAGAAAAUCCAUCAGAAUAUGUGAUAAACUAUUCCACAGAGCUUGAGAUACCAGGCGAAGUAUUGGACCGAACUAUGCCUGAUGAACUGAUUGAAAUUAGUGAAGUGCCAGAAUCAAAUGACCCACAAGAGAUUGCAGAGAUAGAAGCUGAGGUUCCACAGUCAGAACAGCAAGAAAAUCACAUUCCCUCUGAAAAUGUUUCCAAGGAAGAUGUAUCCAUGGUAAUUUCUGUUACUUCCACUGAAGCUCCCCUACCUGCAUCAGAUGUUACUCGUUCAAUCAAUCCAGACAAAGAGAAUGAAGAGGGACAAGUGUUUCCUCAGGAAGAGAUAGAAACUUCAACUUUGGACGAAAGCAACAUUGUAGAAGAAGAACCAGUGAAAGAAGAAGGUAAAGCUCUUCAGUUCAGUACCGCUGAUGGCGCUGAGGACAGAAGUUCUGAAGUUGGAUCAGAACCUCAAUCAAAUGAAGUCAAAGAGGAUCCAGAGGAGGAUUCCAGUACAGCUAUUCAAGUCGUCUUGGACUCAGAAACCAAUCAGGUUGUUGUCACUUCUGCUAGUAUCCAUGAAGAAGAGAAUGUCAAGGAAAUUGCUGCUGCCACCAGUGAUAUACCCAAAGAGGAUAGUUCUGAGCUGGAGCAAGUGUCAGAAUCUGAAGAGGGAAUCAACAAAGUGAGUGAUGAAUUGUCAGCAAGACUUCAAAAUGAGAUUAUAACAGAGUCUGAGGAGAGGUCCAUUAGUGAGCAUGAAGGCAUGCCAGAACCACAAGAGGAUAAUAGUGUGAAGAAUAAGAUAGAUGAAGGCAAUGCCAGUGCAGAUAUUGUUGAGGUUGAAGAAAUAAGUACAUUACAAACUGUUAGCAGAUUUCUUGCAGAUCAAGAAGUUGGAGAUCUGAGUAAUCUAAAGUUGGCAGCAGCGUCUGAAGAAGUUAUUCUAGAAGAACAAGUAGAAAGCAUCAAUGAUUCGGAUUUGGAGCAACAUCUGCAUACAGUGGAAGACAGCAGCUCUGGCAACGAAGAGGAUGAUAAGCAACCAAAUAGAACAUCUGAGGUAGACAUGGAACAAAUCAAUACAGGUGCAGACAGUUCAAGUAGUGGAGAGACAAAGGAGACAACUGUGGAGGAAGAAGAGUCAGGGCAAAGUUUAAGCAACUCAGAUGAAGACAUUGAAAGGCACGACGCAUUAAGCACAAGUUCUCAAAUGGAGGAAAAGUUUAUCUCAGAUGACAACACAACUAACGGGGAGGAACAGGAUGAUGUUGUUGAGGAAAUAGCGUCUGUAGGACAGCAAGAUCUAAGCCUUUCAGAUAACAAAGCUGAAGACACUGUAAAAGAAGAUGCAAUCCGAACGAGUCCUCAAGUCUAUGCAUCCUUGAUCUCAGAUAAAAUAAAUCUUAUAGAGAAAGAGGGGUUAUCUGUGUUACCAGACAACCAAGAUUACAACAUUGAAAACGGAGCUGCCCCAGAGAGCACCUCAGAUGAACAACUCGUCGAAGAUUGCCGUUUAAAUAUUGAAGUGAAAGAGGAGGAUAUUUUGGAGGAAUUGACAUCACCUGUACAGCCAUCUCUUGGUCAAGAGAUUGGUAGGGAAGAUGUAGAAAGAGUGAAUUCCCAAAUGGAGGAUCAGCUUGUCUCAGAGGAAGACAUAAAAGACAAAGAAAAGGUCAAGGAUAGUCUGGAGGAAGAUGUGUUAGCUGAUCCCCAAAUUACCAGCAUCUCAGAUGGAGAUGAAGAUGUUUGCGACAGUAUUUCAGGCGUGACUAUUGAGAUCAUUUCAGAUGAAAGUGUUCAUGAUGGAAACAUACAAGCACAAGAGGAACCAUCCUUACAGCAGUCGCAGGAUGAGCUCAUGUCCUCAGAAAACAAUUUAGGAGAAAAUGAGGAGUAUAUUGUUUCGUCAACUUUACAGACAAAUACAAGUGCUCCAGAGGACCAUGAUGUUGAAUGUGCAAAAUUAGUCACUGCAGACACAAGUUCUGACUUAGGGGAAGAAGUCACAAAGUCUUACCAGGUAUUGGAAGAGGAAUCUCUGUCCUUAGUGACUGAAGGUUUCCCUGAGGAAGAUUCUUAUUUAGCAAGUCUACACCUGGAGUUGAAUCAAGAGGCAGGAACAUCGAAUGUGUCUGAAAUCGUACAAAUGGCUUGUGAUGUUACUAAUCAAGCGAAUCAAGGGGUAGGCUCUUCAGAGGAAGACACAACUUUAGAUGGUCCAGAGGGACAAGAGACUGUCAGUCAAGAUUUAGUGAUUGGUACUGAUUUGGAGGAUGCCACAUCUCCAGAGGAUUUCAGUUCAUCCAAGGUGGCCACAGGCCAGGUUUCUAUGUCCAGGGAAGAUCAAGGGGCCAGUAGUACAAUAUUCUCAUCUGGUCAAGUAGCUGAAGGUGAAACUUCUUAUCCUGAAAACCAAGAGACAGACAUUAUUAAAACGGAACAGACUGAGGGUGGGAAUGCUGAUUUGGAAAAAGGCAAAGAAGAGGUCAUUUAUGAACUUGCGGUUGGAGAGGUAGUAGAUGAAACAUUAGGUCAGGUGUUGCCAACAGAUUCAGAGAGUAUUGAAGUGGAUGAAACCACAGCUAUGGCGUUGGAAACAAACUCAGGCUCAGAAGUGACAGAAGCCACAAGUUUGAUGGCAGCAGGUGAGGUAGCUGAGGCUGGUUCCCUAGUUGAGAGCGAGAGCAUGAACAUCACUGUAGAAGCGGCAGGGGUAGUGCCAAAUACUGUGGAAGAAACUGAGUUGAUGGAAGUUGUGUCAAAAGUAGCUGAUAACGUGCUUGGUGCUGAAGCAGCUAGUGGUCAAGUGAGUCCAGUACAGCCUCAGGAAGUCAUCAGCCAAACUACUCAGAAGAAAUCCAAAAAGAGCAAAAAGGAGUCCAGCAAGAGUCUUCGAAGUCCCAAAAGCUCGUCUGGAAAGUGUAAGCAGCAGUGAUUACUCUAGAUUUAAAGCUAACCAAACAACUAUACAGUUACUCACGGUGUAGAGUUUGAAGGUGGUAAGCCCGGGUUCUGCAGCAGUGUUGUGAAAUGUUGAUGUUUAAUGAGAUCACACUUUGGCAAAAUGUCUAAUUAUGCAUGUAAAGACAUUUUGAAGUUUUAUUUAGACCAUCAUCAAGUACAACGUUUACCAAAAAAGGAAGUCCUCAAUGUGUUCUUUAUAUUAUUGACUGGUCAAUACAUAUUAUCUAUAACGCUAUUCCUGUUUGGGGUCAGCAGUAAGGAGGGUAAACUCUUAGUUUAAAGGCCAAUUAGAUAUAGACUAUGGUCAUGUAGAAAAAGGUCCUAAUAAGAGCUUGAUAAUGACUAACAAGCAGCCAGUAUGCUACUAAUUAGCAUGCUAAUAAACAAAAAAAAGAUAGAUUUUGAGCAGUAACUUAUUUCAAUUCAUACACAGACUGCAUGUAUUAGUUCUGCUUUCAAAAAGGUUACUGGUUCCGUCUUACAUUUUGGAAUAUUGGGAUCAAAUGUCAUACAUCAUUGAAAAGAUCAAGUUUUUACAAUUGAAUAAAAAGUGUGUGUGAUUGAAAUAGAAACAACACCUGUUCUACAACAAUGAUGUAAAUAUAGCAUGUUGAAUUUUGGUGUUGGGUCAGCUCCUUCUGUCUUGCUCAUUUAUCCUUGCAACAGAGUGUGUGUAUUUUGAUUUAUGAAGACAUGUUUCUUCUCAAGUUUUUUUCCCUACUAAAUUAUAUAAAUCAGCACUUGACAGCACAUGUUUAAUUAGUUAAUAGAUGAGCUCGAGGGCCUGUUCUUGAUUUAUGAAUAUACAUGUCUGUACCUGAAUGUCGGAUUGAAAUCAUUACCAUUACUGGAAAAAAAACAGUAUAAAGGACACAACUUUGUAUUUUUACAUGUUAAUGAAGAUGUAGUUUUCUUUCUAUUCUUUAUUUUCUGGAUUUCUGCACUUUUCUUUUUUUUUAUGAAUAUACCAGGACCAGCCAGUCUAUGAGAUUAAUAAAGUUUUUACCAUUCAAACAGA